UCAUAAGGCAGCGUGUUAUACAUAUUUGGUUGACAAGCAUGGCGGGCAGUGCUCUGUAUUCCAUAAUUCACAAGCAGGAAAAUGCUCAUGAUGACAGUAUCUGGAGCUGCGCGAUGGGCAGAAGUAACAAAGACAAUGUAGAAAACAUUGUUACAGGCAGCAUAGAUGAUAAAGUCAAAGUCUGGAAGUGGGUGGAUGAAAAGUUGGAGUUACGGCACCUGUUAGAAGGUCACCAGCUAGGUGUCGUCUCCGUGGAUAUCAACGGAGAAGGAACAUUGGCAGCUUCUAGCAGUCUUGACAGCCAUGUGAGAGUCUGGGACCUGGAGACUGGAAAAUGUGCCAAAAGUAUAGAUGCUGGACCAGUGGAUGCAUGGACAGUUGCCUUUUCUCCCGAUUCCCGGUUCCUGGCGUCAGGUAGCCACCAUGGUAAAAUCAACUUGUUUGGAGUAGACUCUGGCAGAAAGGAAUCGUCCUUGGAUACCAGGGGAAAACUAACACUCAGUAUUGCAUAUAGCCCAGAUGGCAAGUUUAUAGCCUGUGGAGCUAUUGAUGGCAUUGUAAACGUGUUUGAUAUCGCUACAGGGAAACUCAUACACACUUUGGAAGGUCAUGCUAAGCCAAUCAGAUCGCUCUGUUUUUCCCCUGACUCCCAGCUGUUGGUUACCGGCUCAGAUGACAACCAAAUAAAGAUUUAUGAUGUGCUACAUGCUAAUCUAGCGGGGACAUUAUCCGGCCAUGCCUCCUGGGUGCUCAGUGUAGCUUUCUCCCCGGAUAAUACACAUUUUGUCUCCAGUUCGUCGGACAAGAGUGUGAAAAUCUGGAAUGCGGGAACAAGACAAUGCGUACACACAUUCUACGAUCACACCGACCAGGUUUGGGGCGCGCGGUACAACCAGGCAGGCACCAGAAUAGUGUCAGUGUCAGACGACAGAGCUGUACAUAUAUAUGACAUACCUCAGUGAUGAAUAUGAUGUACUUGUUCAAUUGUAACUUAAUUCCAAGAGCAGUGGAAAUAAUAGUGUUAACAUAUGACAUGGCAAUCUUGACAUAUUUGAGUGGUGGAAAUAAAUUUCAUGUUGAAUUAUAACUUAUUUCAAAAGCAGUGGAAAUAAUAGUGUGAAUGGAUAAACAGACAAUGUGAUGACAUAUCUCAGUGCUGAAAAUAUUAUGUUGGUUAAAAGGUACCAUAACUACUAGAGCAGUGGAAAUAAAAGUGUAAAGGGCUGACCAAGCGCUCUUGAAAAGUGCUAAAAAUAAACUACUUGUUAAAUUGUAAAUGAACAUCUAUAGCAGUGGAAAUAAGAGUUUGAAUGUAUGACAAGGCAAAUUUUACAUACCUUAAUGAUGAAAAUAAAGUUCUUGUUGAA